UUGAUAUUGAACGACUGUAUUUGUCAAUGUCAAAGAGUGUUAUAAGUAAUAUGGGAAGUGUAGUUGUAUAGGUUUGAUCUGAUGUUUUGUGGACUUAUGAUUAUCGAAUUGGUGAUGAUACAGUUGGGUACAGUGAAUUAGUUAUCAACGCUUAGAUUUCAAAUAAAAAUAUUACCUUUAUAUCUUGGACAACACAGUAAGCCAUGGCUUCUCAAGCUUUAGCAUCUUUAACAGCUACGUACACCGAUUCUGAGGGAGAAGAAGAUAUGGAAGAUCAAACCCCUGAAAAAGAAGAAGUAAAGGAAACUCACUCUGAACCUGCAAGUCCAAAAAAAGUUGAAGAAAUAAAUAAGCCGGCUUCUGCCCCAGUUACUCCAAAAAGAAGGUUAGUUUCUUACGUUGAUGACACUGUUGUGUCAGAUGAAGAACCAAUCUCACCUGGUCCGGAAAACCAAGAUGAUAUGCGGCGCUUGUCGAUGGAAACAGAUACAGACGAGGCGGUGCCGCGAUCCGAGCCUGAUGAAUCUGAAGAUGGUGUGAUAAUUCCACCUGAACCACCCGGGAAAUGUCCCAAGGAACUGCAAGACACCAUAGCUAAGUAUUAUAGUCGAAUGUUAAGUGAAGGUUAUGAUAUGAAUAAAAUAAUUCAAGAUAAAAAAAACUUUAGAAACCCAAGUAUUUAUGAGAAAUUAAUACAGUUUUGUGAUAUCAAUGAAUUAGACACAAACUAUCCGCCUGAAAUUUAUGAUCCUCUGAAGUGGGGCAAAGAAUCAUAUUACGAUGAAUUAUCUAGAGUACAAAAACUAGAAAUGGACAGAAGGGAGAAGGAGAAAAAGGAGAAAUUAGCUAAAAUAGAUUUUAUAUCAGGUGUAGCUAAGAAAUCUGAAAGUGAUGAUGAAAAGAAAAGAAAAUCCAAGUGGGAUCAGGCAGCUCCUAAUGUCUCUAACAAGCCAACCAUCAAACAACCUGGUCUGGUGCAGCAACCACUUACUAGCAAUGUUACAGGAACUAAGGGAACCAUUAUCUCUGCAUUUGGAUCUUUACCAAAAAAACCUAAAAUUUGACUGGAGACAAUUACCCACAAAUGAAUGAUUUGAAUGAUGAUUCACUUUCCAGUGUUCAGGUGAUUGAUAGCUUACUUAUACAAAAUAUGUAAUGUGUAACAUGGAGUUUGAUAUAUUUUUGGCUUGCCUAGUGGAAUGUAGCAAUGUAGCAAUUUUUUACUAUGAAGGACAAAUUUACAUAAAGGCAAAUUCAGUAUAAAACGUUUUUUAUUCUUGUAUUUAGCUUUAUUUUUUUUAUUAGUAGUGGAUCUGCCAUGGCUUGGCACAGGUGCA